CGGUCGUGUGGUCUGUACUGGGCUCACAAUGGGUGCAUUUGUUGGAUGCUAAUCUUCGACGAGCCGCACAUCAUCAACGGCCGGAAAGGAGAGCCAUGGUCAAACGUUGCAGCGGGUGAGGUGCCCGCUGCGAUGUUCGCAUGGCGGGGGGAAGCCCAGCCUGGAGUCCCUUGCACCCGAGCCCGGGCUUCCUGCUUAAGUGCGGCAAGGAGCACGAGAAACUCAAGCUCCGUAUCCGUUCGCAGCUGCAGAGCCAUAUGCUGAGUCUGUUUGAAGACGGACUCUUCUCGGAUGUGACCAUCGAGUCAUCACCAGGUGACUCUUCCGAGAGGCUGGUGCUGAAAGCGCACAAGGCAGUUCUCCUGGUGAGAGUGCCUGCCUUCUGGAAGCUUCUUGUCGAAAAGUUUGCAGUCUCUGGAAAAGGCACGAAUGAGUUCAUUGUGCCUGUCGACAAGGACUUGUUGCGCGACUUCAUCAGGAGUGUCUACUCUGAUGACGACAUUAGAAAAAAGGAACAUGACAUCCUUCGGGCACUGUGCACUCGGGAUGGCCCUCCGUCCUCUGACGAUGGGGACGAAGACUUUCAGGACAUGACUGGUGAGACGAAUACUGAAGAAGGAACUCAAGGAACAGCUGAGAACAGUGCACCCACUGGGCCAGGUGGAGACAUUGAUGGCGCACUUAGUGGUUCACUGGGUCAAAUGGGUGCGGAGGACUCAUUGGAGAAUUUCCGUGCAUGCUUUGUAAAUGACAAUGAUGCCUGCUGCACAGAUAGCCAUGCUCCAACAACUAGCAAUUUGGAAGACCCCUUGGACAGCCUAUGUGACAACAGCCAAGUGUAUGACGAAAGUCAGGCUUGCGAUGAUUUGUCCGAGAACAGAGACGAGUGUUCUGUUAGCAUGAGCAGCAGCAUGGUGCGGAGUGGUACAUUUGACCUGCAGAGCCAGAUGCCACUCGAGGUGGCCAUCGAAAAAUGGAAUGGGGAUGAGACUGCAGCUCUGAUCGGUACGCGGGAGUGUGAGGAGCAGCGGGCGAAUGCAGAACCAAAAGCUGUGGAUGACUGUAAGACGGGUGCAAAAGUGUGUGCAGCACAAGAUGGAAAGUCCCUGGCUCCGAUGCCAGCAUUCUUCUUGCAUGAGAGAUCGUCUGCUCCUAUGCCAGUAUCGUACCAAUGCCUUCCCAGGACACCCAAGGUUGCCGGGCAAUUGGGGGAAAGGGAGGGCUCAACUGGUGCCUUUGGAAUGAAUGAUUCAGGCUUUCUCUCCCAGAACACAUCAGUUACUGAGGCGGUGGCUUAUGACAGCCUCAAUGACACAAGAGAAGCACCCUCGCAGAGUGCCACAGAACAAGGCGAAAGUAGGGCCAACCAAGGACGCCAUUCAUCUGGUGCACUGUUCCCGUUCUACAUUGACAUGAAUAAGGCAAGAGCAGAAGAAAAGCAAUCUCAGCAGCAGAGAGAGGCCUCAAACCAGGGUUCCUCAUUAUAUAUGUACAUAGACGCCAAUGGAGACACUAGUGCUAGCCAGGUGCAAAAGAGGUCACCAUCAAGCAAGUCCAAGGCAGAUGGCGAUUCAUCAAAGCGGCCCCAGUCCUGUUACAUGUAUGUCGACUUCAAUACAGUUCAUCAUGAAGAAUCUCAACCUGAUGAGAGGUCAUCUUCACGCACAAUGCCGCGGACCUUGUCUCUUUCCAUGUUCAUUGACAUCAAUGACGACCACAAUGAUAGCGUCGUCUGUGCCCAAAAGGCCUACAGUAACUACCAGGGAAACCCAGCAAAAGAUGGCGAUAAUGCUGUGGAGGGGCAGCGAAGCUUUGUUGAGCACCGCAUGUGGGAACAUUUCGAGCGUGAGGAGAUACUGGUCGUGUCGGAGGAGAUCCCUGCAGCUCCACAGCCCACUAGGCCUUGCCCCGCUGUCAGCAGCAACGUGUCUUCUCCGAGGCGGGCUGCAACUGACUAUAUGAAGGUCGAGCCUUCUGAAGUCUGCUUGCUCCCAAUGAGCCCGAUUCUCCGGCGCAAGGCAAAACCAGAGCCUGUUAAGCCAGCACCUAGGACGUUGCCUGUAAAGUCGUCUAUACGGCCACAGGAUGUUGAUGCCAUGACCUUUCGCAGGCCUGAGCCGUGUGGUGGGGAGGACAGCGAUUCCCUUGAGCAUGAGAGUGACAAGGAAGCUGAUGUGCCAAAAAAGAAUUCACUGUCAAAAGAGGAAGAGGUGGCAGCAGCAGCAAUGGUCAAAGGAAGUGAUAGUGGGCCAGACCCAUCAACGUCGCUUGGUAAAAAACCAGAACCUGAUGUUCCUGUGAUCAAGGCUCAAACAAGUGCAGUCCAAGAGUCUCCUGCAAUUGCUGCCAAGGAAUCUAUAAGCAGGCCCCCCUUUUCACCUGGAGAUGGUGAUGAUGAUUCAGAGACUGUCUACUCGGAGGUGUCUGAAGUGAGUUGCCUGUCAAGCAUCGACAAGAGAAUGCAGGAGUCGGGCUGCAGCCCAGAAAGGCUGGGUGCUUGCUCCAAGCUGGGAGAUGACCUGCUCAGGAUGUUUGUUGGCCAGGUGGAGACAGAUGUGACAAUUCGUGUGGAAGGCAAGGACAUCGGCGCACACAGAUUUAUCCUGGCAUCACGGUCUGACUACUUCUCACUCAUCUUCAGGAAGGAAUUUGCUGCUGAGGAGAGCGAGACAAUCAGCAUGGAUGGGUUCACACAUGGUGCAGUAGUGUUUGCUCUUCACCACCUGUAUGGCGGCGCAGCUAGCCCUCCACGAGAGGUGCACGUCUCGGAGCUGGCGCUACUGGCUGAGGUGCUUGGUGUUGACAGCUUGCGACGGGUGGUGCUGUCUCAUGUACGCACCUACUACUGCCACUUCUUCCACAAGCCUUGCAGUCAGUGCAUAGCGGGUGUGGCUGAAUGCCUGCAGAUGGCACCAUGCUGCAGUGGGCUGCGGGAGUUGCAGACACGUGCUGUACAGUGGGCAGGGCGCCACUAUGUUCGUGUCUGGCCUCAUCGGGCCUUUGCUACUGUUCCCGAACACUGGCAACAGCAGUGCUAUGCAGCCACACUACAGGCACUGACAGCGGAGACAGCUGUUGACAUGGCCCUCAAUUGCGAACGUCUGUCUGUUACCCUGCCACGGGUGCGGUGGGCUGAGUCAGCAUUGUCCCUGGCCAACCGCCUGUUGCAUGACUGUGUUGGCCUCAUGUCGCGGGAGUUUGACCAAGUGCUUCAGAGCAAGGGCUUUCUUGAUCUUGGAAAGGGCCAGAGCUGGAACAUCACUGCUCUUGAGGACACGUUGCUGGCAGCAGUGGAAGGACUGACCCCUGACGCUGCCUGUCUGUCGUGUAUUGUCCUCGCGCGGCUGCUGCCUGAAGAUGACAGCCAACAGUCGCAGUGGACGCAGAACUUUACCGACUUGCUGCGCAAGAUUCAGCGGCAGUGUGAACGAUUCCUGAUCCACAAUGCCAAUCGUGUGGUUCACUGCCAGAGCUGGUCAUCCCUUUCCGCGCAACUUCAAAAGAAGAUCAGGGAUGCUGCAGUCAUUGUGUUCGAGUUUGAGAAGCCCAUUGCUCCACCACCAAGGCUGUCCAGCUUACGACGACCUCGGCGCAAGUCUGCAGGAGGUACAGGGACUACAGAUACUGGUGGUGAUGCCUCAAAGGAUAGUGCAUCACCUUCGCCUGCUCGGAGGCCACGAUCACUUGCCCGAGGUGUGUCAUCCUCCUCACCCAAGACAUCGGGGAGCGACUCAUCUGAGCUGCAUGGGCCAACCCCACUUUCAACAGCAGCAGCUUCACGACCCAUUGCUCUUACCAGGAGGUCAACUGCUGGCAGCACAGGUGGUCAGGGGGUUUCCAGCCAAUCAGAUGGCAAGCACCCUGCAGUUUCACCUGUUGACUCAAAAGCUGCUCUUACGGGUGCCAUGUCUGAAAGCCUUGAGAGUUACCGGGAGUCUUCAUCGGACUCUGGAAAGGAACAGGCAAGGCCACUGCCAGCCACUAAGAAGAUGGCAAUAGGUGCUCGAAAUGCCAGAGCUCGAAUCACCAGAGGUGCUCGCUCUUCUCCCAAUGUGCCGAGAGACCUCGGUGCAAGGCCAAAGUCGGUGGCAACGUGGGCUGCCCCUGUAGCUCACAGCUCCCCAAAUAAUGGUGGUAUUGCAGGUGAAAGAGGCAGCGAUGUUGGCUCAAGCUCGCCGAUUCCCUUGACAGUGUGGGCCAACCCACAGUCACGGCCACCAACGCAAUACUUCCAGAGCCUGAGGCAGGUCCAGUCCAAAGUCGACUCUGGUCGGCCUCUUCAUCGCUGUUCAGGACAGGUUGUGCGCGUGCCUCCAUUCACCAUCAAGAGUGACGUGCCACCCACCACUGCCGCCGUAGAUGGUGGUACUGCGGCAGCAGAAGUGGCGAGACCAUCUGACCAGCACCACAGCCUUCAACGUGGAAGUACCCUAGGCAUUGCCAGCAACAAUAACAACCUUGUGGGCAAUGGUGGUGCAGACGGAGAGGAGGAAGAAGACGCUUGUGACAAUUCGUCAGCAGCAACAGGCGAACCCUCUCCUGAUGCCUCACCAGACUUCGUCGCUGAGAUUGAUGCGGAGUCUAACCUGGUCAGCCACUGCCUUCAGGAGGCAGAGCUGCUGGAACGGGAGCUCUCGCGGAAACUUCGUAAGCAGAAACGAGGCCCAGAUCCCGAUGUCGUCCCCUACACAAGGCCGCCUGCGCUACGAGGUGGCACUACAGCAUCUGCUUCCGGAGUAGCCUCUGGGAACCUUCCACACCGACGCCGUGCUGCUUCCACUUCUGAGACAAGAGUGAAGUCUAGUGGCGGUCCAUUGACUACACACUCGCGAGCUGCAUCACUGCAUGGCCCAUUGCCACCAUCUGCAAGGAGCCCAUCAUCUGCUUCAGCAGCAAGAUCUACACACAUGACUAGGUCUCCCGGCACAGGUGGUGCCGCGAUGGUUGUAAGGAUUCCUGGAGUCUCUGCUCCUGCAAUGCACCUUCACGGCAGAGCAGUCUCUGGGUCAGAGUCGAGGCCACCUCAGAGAGUGUCUGGCAUCGCUGUGUCCACAAAGCCAAGCAUUCGCCGGUGAUGACACUGCAAACUUACAUUUUUACAAAAAGUUCGUUCAUAUAGUACCCUUGGCUCAAAUGAUGUGUGCCAGGACUGUAUUCACCUUGCUUCAAGCAACUACAGUGCAGCCGUGAGCUUGUAGAAAUGAAGUGAAGGCUAUUUUGAUGCUCCGUUAGCCAGAGGUACCUAACAGCACAUUCGCUGAACUGCAAAUGCUUUCUCUGCGUGAGAACGUUGCACUGCUGAGCUUGAGGUUGUGGGUUUGAUCCUGGCUGUGGUGGCCGCAUUUUGAUGGGGACGAAAUGUGAAAAUGCUCGUGUACUUAGAUUUAGGGGCAAGUAAAGGAAUCCCAGAUGGUCAAAAUUAAUUCAGAAUCCCCUGCUGUGGCAUGCCUUUCAGAUCGGGGUUUUGGCACAAGAGAACCCAGAAUUUAAUUUAACCUAUUAAAUUUUACAUUGGAGCUCUGAAGGUUUAAUUUCUUGUGGCAUGACUUUGCAGACUAGAAUUUAGAGGUACAGUAAGGUAGCCACACAAAGAAGUCGAUAUUGUGCCUUUUAGUUACAGAAUGCAUGUAGUAGCUACAAUAUUUUUUUUUUCUGUUUUCUUUUCUUUUCUUUCUUCUUUUUUUUUUUGCCAUGUUUUAUUGGCUUCUCAAACUGAUAGCAUCCUUAGUAUCCAAGGCAGAACAGAGCAGUCUCGCUGUGUGCUAGACUAGUGACACAACAGCAAAAUGAAAGUGCGAGCAUGUCGCACUCUGCUUUUUAGUCAUUGAAGAACUUCCCUGCUGUAUUAUAGCAAGGCAUGCUAAAUCUUCAGUUUUUUUUAUGCUGCUCUUGUCACAAAAAGAAAAGAAUUGUCAUCCACUUGAGAGCAGCAUGAAGCUACAAAACAAAACACCAAAACAUCGCAGUUAGUCUUGGUCAGGGAUUGAACCCAGGACCAUCGCCUUUCCGGGGCAGUCGUUCUACUGUCUAAACUAACCAGUAGGCUAACAUAUUGUAGAGCUAGGCCAAAUUAAUCAACAACUCAGAGCAAAGGUACACUGAAACAACAACAUCCAGCGGUCAGGUGGAUGACAGUUUUUCACUUUUAUGAAUACUCUGCCACCUUGAAGGUUUCCACACAACUAAUUUGCCAUGCUCUUGUCAUGUCUUGUCAUGAACAAUAGUUGCAAGCAUUCUAAAUCUAGAUGUAGAUAAUCUUGCAAGCUCUUGGAGGACUUUCUAAUUUCAAAUUUGCUUUUGAACAUAUCUGCUCAUUGGUCAUCUUAGCAUGUGUGAGAGCAACAUGUAUAAGAUGUUAUUUCCUUGGCAACUGUAUCCAAAACUGCUGAUUAAGGUAGCAAGUUAUAAAGAAAAAAAUUGCAGUUUCACCCAAAGCAUGAAGCAUUAACAGUGAUAGCAAGGUAUUAGAAUAUUUCAUGAACUAAAGCUGGCAGUUUCAUGUGAAGUUUGAAUUGCAGUAAACAUUCUCUAACUAAGCAUGUAUGGUGUCAAAGAAACUAGGAGAGAGCAUGUUGUCAUGCAGCCAAGCUUCACAAGGGAACGUUCCAUGCUGUCGCUGCCUUUACCAUUUCACUGUGCCAUGCCUCCGAAAUUCAACAGAUCAUGCGACCUCCAACACUUGGUUCGCAAGAAGGGAGCACACUUCAAGGCACAAGCUGUAUCACCUUAACUGCUUGCCUUCACAGAAUUGGCCGGGCACGUGUCACUUUCUUUCCUAGCCUUCUAUCACUUCCAUUGCCCUCUGGAGCAUUAGGCUAAGUUUGCCAUGUUUAAUGUUCAAGGACGAUGUAGGUCGACACAGGCUUCGGGUGGUGGGAAAUGGGGUGGGUGCAAUCAGUGUUGUAGUUCCCCCCCCCCCCUUUUUUUUUUCAUCACCUGAAACAGGCUGUUGGUGACCUGAACAGCAUGCAUAUGUGCAUGUGCAUGCAUGCAUGCACUCUGGAGUGUCCAUGUUAUUGCUAUCACUAAUAUUUCUGUACAUGUGGGAGUCUGCUCUAAUGCUAAUGAGGCCGCCAAAAGCAGUUACUAAAUGGAAAUAGUAGGCGGCAUCGAGUUACCAUUGUUUAUAGAAUGUCUGUAAAAGAACUGCAGCUUUUAGUCUAGUCCUUUGACUCAGUGAUUGCACUCAUUUCUUUUUUUUUAUUCCUUUUACUGUGAAAUUCACAGCAACACAAAGAGAAGCUUGUAUAUGAGCAUAGUUGUAUGUUUAUUAAUGAACUGCCAGCAGUUUUCAGCUUACAUUUAAAUGUCUGGAUAACUGCAGGUUCAUGUUCGUGUAACGUGGAUUUGAAUGGCAUGUGAAUGUGCCAUAACCUUGACUUAAAACACGAAUAUCCACAAACAAACCAGUGCGCUAUUGAAACCAGUAUUUACUAAGCUGUGCAGCUUGUGUAGAAAAUAGUUGUCAUUUUGUGUGUAAUGAUAACAUUUUAAAUAGAAACUAUUGCCUUUGAUGUGGUUAAACAUAGUGCAUUGGGGGCAUAUUCAUUGCUGCACACUCUCACUGACAGGCAAAGUCAUAAUUAUGUACAGGGACAGGGGAAAGGAAAUACUACAGCUUUGCUAAAGUGCAGCUUACGCUCUUCAUGUGUGUGUAAUACAGUUGUGUAGAAGAUGUGUGUACAGCCUUUGUGCAGGCUUUUUUCUUUUUCUUUUUCUUUUAUUAAGCCUGAGUAGUGUCUGUGUACAAAUUAGGCUGCAAUAUCUGGCUUGGUGUUCCAGACACUUGCACCAUAGGCACUCAGGUCACCUUACCCAACUGGCAUCAGUGUUGAAACAAGAUCUGAAAUCAUAGCAGAGGUUUGUUUCCAUGAAUUACACGCACAACUCCAAAGUCGUCCUCAUAGUAGGAGCCUACUCUGUACCAAGGUCUUUGCAACAAUGUUUUAUUGAAGCAAAAGGCUGCACAAAGAUGGGGCACUAUACCCCGCUCACCUUUUCCAUACUGGCCGUUCAUUUUUUUAUAUUUCUGAAUGCUGCUGUAGAAACAGCUCUCCUUGGACCCCCACGACAUGCAGGGCUGUGUUGGGCUUGAGUUAUCCCUUGGCCAAUGUCCAACACAUGAAGCACCUCAGCAGACAUUCGUGCCAUUUGCUUUUACUUCUUUCCGUUCGUGUGUUUGGAGAUUUCUACACCUCCUGACAUUGUGGGUUCCUGUUCAAGAGAGUAUAUAUUGUUCAUGUUUAGCUGAGUUGCAAUAUUUACAUGAUGUGUUCAACUCUUUAUACAUUACUGAUGAAACAAUGCUCAUGUUGGUCCAAACACAGUCAUAUCUAAUAUGUAUUUAUGAUUAUAUAUGUUGUUUUUUCAAGAUCUGUUUGGCAGAUUUUGUAUGUGCUGCUUAUUUUACAGCUCUCUUUGUGUGUGUGGUUUCUUUUUUUUUUUUUUUUAAUGACCUGCUUGAGACCAAAGAUUCCUUCACCAUCUUCAAAAUGCUGUUAACCAGUGAGAGUUGUUCCGUUGGCUAUCGUUUUUCGUGACUGAUGCUGUGCAAAAAGCAUGAAAAUGAAGGCCUUGACAAGAGUUAA